AUGAAAAAGCUAAUUGAAAAAAAUGUAAUUAAAAUAAAUUAUAACACUUUUGUAAAUCAAUAUAAAAAAGCUUUUAAAUGUGAAAAGGAUAUAAUUGAUGAAGAACUAUAUGAACAUUUUAUUAUAAACCCUUUUACUUAUUCUAGACCAUUUGGAUGUUUGCUUCCUAAUUAUAACAACACAGAAAAAUAUUAUUUAAAUGGAAUAAAUAUUUUUGAAAUAGUAGAUUAUGUUACCAUAAAUGAGCGUUUAUAUAAAUUUGAAAAUUCUGGAGAUAAUAAUGAUGAUAGUGAUCAAAAUGAAGAAGAUUUCACCAAUUUGCUCGGAAAUUCAGAAAAUGAAGAUAUAAUAGACUAUAGUAACAGUGAGGUGGAAUAUGGAAAUGGAAAUAAAAAGGGGAUAAAAAAUAAAAAAUCUAACAAAAAUAAUGAAAGUAUGAAAAAUAAAGGAUACCAAAAAACAGCUAAUAACAACAUGAAUAAUAAUAACAACUUCACUACACAAGUAAAAAAAUGUAAUAAUAAAUAUCGAAGAAUUUUUCGCUUUUUACUAUUUGAUGGUAAAUAUUUUAUUUAUGCUUAUGAAUACGAGUUUAAUGAAAAUUUUAAUUAUCUUGAAACAAAUAAAUAUAAAUAUCCAAAAAUAAUUUUAUAUAAUAACCCAGUUAUUAGACGUAAAGUAAUAUUAUUAAAAAAAAAUCAAGUUAUUAUUUUAUUUAAAGGGAAUACAACAAUAGAACAAAAUAAUUCCAAUAUAAAAGAUGAAGAAAUAUAUCAUGAUAUAGUUAACAUUGUUCAAAAAAAAGAUGAACUUAUUCCUAUUUCUACAAAAAAUGAAUCAAAUUAUUAUAACUUAUCUGGUAGUUAUAAUAUGUCUAAUCAAAAUAGGAAUCAUAAUGACGAUCCAAAUUAUUUAAGCAGAGAAAAUAAUAUAAGACAUUUUUAUUACGAAAAUGAAAAAUUUAAAAAUACAUAUACCAAUUCAGCCAUUAGAAAAGACGAACAAAAUUAUAAUUAUUUCACAAAUCAACAAAAUAACAAUAAUAAUGAUAAAUACAAACAUUUUAAAAGUUGCUCACCCUUAAAACAGGUACCUAAUAUUGAUGAAGAUGUACAUAAUGAAGAUGUACAUAAUAAAAAUGCACAUAAUAAAAAUGUAUAUAGUACAAAUGCAUAUAGUACAAAUUUUAUUCAAACAGACUCAACAAGUAAUAAUUCAAAAAAUAACAAUCAACUAAUAGAUUUAACAGAGGGUUUUUUUUCAUCGAAAUUUUUCCAAAAAUCACCGGAUAUAAGUAACAUAUGUAAUGAUGUUAUUAUUUUGGAUGAUUAA